AUGCCGAAAUACUAUGCCGUACAGGCGGGCUUUGUUCCGGGCGUGUAUUUGACGUACUCGGAAUGUCAAGCCCAGACAGCCGGCUUCAAGGGUGCCGUUUUCAAAUCCUUCCUCUCGAGAGAAGACGCCGAAGCCUUCGCAGCCGGGAAAAAGGUGGCGGUUGCUGACGAGCCUGAGAAAUUCUACGCGGUCGCGGUCGGCAACCCGACCGGCAUCUUCACAGACUGGUCGGAAGCCUCCAAGGCCAUCACCGGGAUCAAAGGUCCCAAGUACAAGCGCUUCAAUACACGCGCAGAAGCUGUCGCAUAUAUCCGACAGUACGGCAACCGGGAAGCGAUCGAGGCCUUGGGGGAGAAGGUAGAGCCUCUAGUGGAGAAGUUUGAGGUGGAGGAAAAGCCGGUCACUACGAGAUUCACUCCCAUCGAGAAGGUGGCCGUAACAAAGACCCGAGAGCUCGACACAAGGCCGCGCGAAAACGUGCUCAACAUAUGGACGGAUGGAAGCAGUCUGGCCAACGGAAAGGCCGGCGCGAGAGCCGGCCUGGGCGUUUGGUUUGGAGAAAAUGACCCUCGCAAUCUCGCAGAGAGGCUGCCCGGCGAGCCGCAGACCAACCAACGCGCGGAGCUUCUGGCCAUGCAACGCGCCUUGGAGAUUGCGCCGCUUGAGCAGACAGUUCGCAUCCACAGCGAUAGUCAGUACUCGAUCAAGUGUGUAACGCAAUGGGCCGACGGCUGGAAGCGGAAGAACUGGUUGACGGCUAGCGGCGAGGUCGUGAAGAAUCAGGACAUUAUACGGGCCGUCCUCGCAAAGAUAGAAGAGCGAACGAAAGCGGGCGGCAACACAUACUUUCAGUGGGUAAAGGGCCACGACACGAACAUUGGCAACAUUGCCGCAGAUCGGCUAGCCGUCAGAGGAGCCAAUCUUGCUUGA